UCCCUUUUGAUUAACAUACUAACAUAUUAACUGAGUUUAAUUCAUACUCUAAUCUUCUGCAUAACGAAGGCAGAGAAAACUUAGAGGCCGAAUCUGCCUGCGGAUGAUCCAUGGCGCUAUCUAGGCUCCGAAAUCCGGUGAUCUCUCGAGCACCUUCCCUUCUCCGAGCUCGGCUGUUUUCUUCCACCUGCCGAUCCCUCCCUUGCAGCUCCAGGGUGCUCAGUUCCUUUGCUGAUGUUGAAGGCACAUUAUCAAGGACUACAUCUGUACCUAUUUUUGGUCGAUUACAUGGACAUUCUUCAAAAAUGAAGUCACGAAUUGGUGUACGGUAUUUCUCAUCUGCAGAUCCUCUCCAAACGGUCGUUGGAAUGCCAGCUCUGUCCCCUACAAUGAGUCAAGGUAACAUUGCAAAGUGGAGGAAAAAAGAGGGAGACAAGAUCAAUGUGGGGGAUGUGCUAUGUGAUAUAGAGACUGACAAAGCUACACUUGAAUUUGAAAGUCUUGAGGAAGGGUUCUUGGCUAAGAUACUGGUACCUGAAGGUUCAAAAGAUGUGCCUGUGGGACAAUCGAUUGCAAUUACGGUUGAGGAUCCAGAUGAUAUAAAAAAUGUAUCUAUUCCUGCUGGUAGUGGAGCAGAAGUCAAGGAAGAAACAUCUGAAAAAAGUAUAGGUAACGAAGAGAAGAAACAGCAAACAAGUUCUCUGAAGACAAACACAGCUGAACUUCCUCCUCAUUUUGUUCUUGGAAUGCCUGCAUUAUCCCCAACCAUGAGCCAAGGAAACAUUGCUAAAUGGAGGAAACAGGAAGGUGAUAAGAUAGAAGUUGGGGAUGUGCUUUGUGAGAUAGAGACCGACAAAGCAACCCUUGAAUUUGAAAGUCUUGAAGAAGGAUUUUUGGCCAAGAUUCUAGUUCCAGACGGUUCAAAAGACGUGGCAGUUGGACAACCUAUUGCCGUAACUGUGGAGGAUCCAAAUGAUAUUGAAAGUGUAAAAACAUCAUUUAGUGGUGAUAGAAUGCUGCAGGAGGACAAGCCGGUCCAGCAUGACCCGACUCCUAAAACAAAAGCUCAAAACACAAGUUUCAGUAGAAUAAGUCCAUCUGCAAAGUUGCUUAUUGUGGAACAUGGAUUGGAUGCGUCGUCAAUACCAGCUUCUGGUCCUCGUGGUACUAUUUUAAAGGGAGAUGUUUUAGCUGCCAUAAAAUCAGGGAUUGGAUCUUCGAAGAUCUCAUCAUCUAAAGAGAAACAAACCCCAUCUCCACAGGUUAAAUCACAAACUGGUUCUCCAGGAUUGUCUGGAUUAAAAUCUACUUUACCCCAGGCUGAUGCAUAUGAAGAUUUACCUAAUAGUCAAAUUCGCAAGGUUAUAGCGACUAGGUUAUUGGAAUCAAAGCAAUCUACACCUCAUUUAUAUUUAUCUUCAGAUGUCAUCCUGGAUCCUCUUCUGUCCUUCAGAAAGGAGCUCAAGGAAAAUUUUGAUGUUAAAGUUUCAGUGAAUGAUAUUGUCAUCAAAGUUGUUGCAAUGGCACUGAGAAAUGUCCCAGAAGCAAAUGCUUACUGGGAUGUCAAAAAAGGUGAAGCAUUAUUUUCUGAUGCGGUUGACAUAUCAAUUGCAGUUGCUACAGAUAAGGGCUUGAUGACUCCUAUUAUUAGAAAUGCUGAUCAAAAAUCCAUAUCAGCAAUUUCCUUAGAGGUCAAGGAACUUGCUGAAAGAGCAAGAGCGGGAAAGCUUAAGCCAAAUGAAUUCCAGGGUGGCACUUUUAGCAUCUCAAAUUUGGGAAUGUUUCCGGUGGACCACUUUUGUGCAAUUAUAAAUCCCCCGCAGGCGGGCAUUCUUGCAGUUGGUAGAGGCAAUCAAGUUGUUGAGCCUGUUGUUGGAGCAGAUGGAAUUGAGAAGCCUGGUGUUGUCACAAAAAUGAGUUUAACACUGUCAGCGGACCAUCGUGUUUUUGACGGACAUGUUGGAGGUGCUUUUCUCGCCGCUUUACGUUCAAACUUUUCCGACAUUCGAAGACUUCUUUUGUGAGUUGUCACGGGGGUACAAUGUACGUGUAGAACAGCCAUUUCAGAAAUUAGCUAGUUAGCAUACCUUUGUUGUGCCAUUUUGCGGAAAAUUCUAUUCCUGAGCUCCAACUUUUUGCUUUGAAGAUUUUUCAACGGUAAUUAGAUAUUAGUUCUUCUUAAGAUUGUCUUUAAUUCAAUGAUCAUAGUUCACACAAGUGUGAUUUUUUAUUUUCCACCUCCCUUUCUUAUUUCAUUGCAGUUAAGAAAAAUAAUGUACAAUAGGGGUGAACAUUUCUGCCUUGUCCCCUGAAAUUGUUAAGGUUCUUCCACUUAAUGCAUUUUGAGCAAUUCUUUUCUUA